AUGAAAAUGGAUUCUCCUUCAUCAACUACUUCAUCUACUAAAAUGUUGAUUGAUCCUAGAGAUCUUAAUACACCUGAUCAUUUUGUUUCUCGAGAUCCUUCUAUGAUUCGUCUCACUGGAAAACAUCCUUUCAACGCAGAACCACCAUUAAAGUCACUAGAAGACUCGGGGUUUGUCACUCCUAAUCAUCUUCAUUUUGUUAGAAAUCAUGGUCCUGUACCAGAAUGUGCCUGGGAUACUCAUCGAAUAAACAUUGUUGGUCUUGUUCAUAAAUCAAUCACGCUGACAAUGGAUGAUAUUCUUACUUUACCUAUUCAAACAAUACCUAUCACUAUGGCCUGUGCUGGUAACCGACGCAAAGAACAAAACAUGUUUAAACAAUCCAUUGGUUUUGGAUGGGGAGCAGCAGGUGUAAGUACUGCCUAUUGGACAGGUGUCUACUUACGAGACGUAAUCAAUCACUUUGCUGGAGGUCUUCAAUCGGCUUGUAAAUUUAUUUGUUUUGAAGGUUCAGAUCAAACUCAAAAGGGUCCUUACGGUACUUCCAUUUCUGCUCAUCGUGCAAUGUCUGAUAAUUUUGAUGUACUACUUGCAUUCAAAAUGAAUGGUGAAGUUUUACCACCUGAUCAUGGUUAUCCUAUCCGUUUAAUUGUUCCUGGUUGUAUUGGAGGUCGAAGUGUCAAAUGGCUUCGCACAAUUGAAUGUAGUGACCAACCAUCUACGAAUAUCUUUCACGAUAAUGACAACAAGGUAUUUCCACCUCAAGUUGAAAGUGCUGAACAAGCUUCUGCUGAAAACUGGUGGCCACGGCCAGAGUAUACUUUGUAUGAUCUCAAUAUCAAUAGUGUCAUCACAACACCACAACAUGGUCAACGUAUCAAUAUUAUUGAUCAUCUGCAAACCAAAUUUACCGUCAAAGGGUAUGCUUAUUCUGGUGGCAAUAAACGUAUCACUCGUGUGGAAAUUUCCUUAAACAAUGGCGAUUCCUGGCUAUUAACUGAUGUGACAACAAGACACCAAGCUCAGCAACAAGACAUCAUGAUCAAGGAGCAGCGUUCUAAUCAAAAAAAUACGUCUCAUCAUUGGACCUGGAUUUUAUGGCAAAUCGAAAUUGAUGUUGCAGAUCUUGUUCAAUCAAAUGACAUUGUUGUCCGUGCUUAUGAUGAAUCUUUGAACACACAGCCUGAAGCAAUGACAUGGAAUUUAAUGGGCAUGAUGAAUAACUGUUGGUUCCGAGUCAAAUUGAAUGUAGUAUGUGAACCUACGACAUUAGUCAUUGAAUGCGAGCAUCCUACGUUAGCUGGUCCAGAAUCUGGAGGAUGGAUGGAGAAAAAACGAAAAGCCCUAGAUCUUUCUCUCACCAUGGAAUCACCAAACACCAUCAAAAAGGAACAACCCAUCUUGCCCAUCUUUACCUUGGCAGAAGUGGAAUUACAUCAAUCUGAAGAAGACUGUUGGAUUAUCGUCCACGAUCUAGUAUAUGACUGUACACCCUUUUUAAAAGAUCAUCCAGGUGGUGCUUCCAGUAUCUUGAUUACAGCUGGUACAGAUACGACUGAAGAAUUUGAUGCCAUCCAUUCAUCCAAAGCUCAGGAUAUGCUUCAAGACUAUCUCAUUGGUAGACUAGAUGUUUCUGAUACCGAUGCCCAGAGUGUCACUUCUACAGCCAUGCAAAGUGCUACUUCAUCAAACUCUCUUUCAAAUAGCAUCAAGGCAUCGGAUGAUCCUUUUUUAAAUCCUCGCCAAUGGAAAGAUUUAAUUCUGGAAAAGAAAACCAUGUUAUCAACCACUAUUCGCAUUUAUCGAUUCUCAUUCCCUCCUCAACCAUUUGGAUUACCCAUUGGUCAACAUGUCUAUCUUAAACUGCCGGAAGAGGAACUGGAGCAAGAUACUUCAAACAAAAACAAAAAAACAAAAUCGGUGAUGCGGGCUUAUACUCCUAGUCAAGUUGGCUCUGGAUGGGUUGAAUUCGUUAUCAAGGUAUACUUUCCUGAUCAUCUUCAAUUUGGAGGGAAAUUUACCCAACUGUUGGAUCGUGUUCGAAUCGGAGAAUCUGUACCAUGUAAAGGUCCUUUAGGUGAAUAUGAAUACUUGGGUAAUGGUAACUAUUCUUUGCCACAUCAACCUCAACUACAUGCUCGACAUAUUGCCAUGGUGGCUGGUGGCACUGGUAUCACUCCUAUGUGGCAAAUAUUGACGGCUGCCUUACAAGAUUCUGAACCACCUUUCAUCUCAUUAAUUUAUUGUGCACGUUAUUUAGAUGAUUUAGUGUUAUCAAAUGAACUUGAUGAAAUCCAAAAAACACUUGGCUCAAAUCAAUUUCAUAUCAGAUAUAUUCUUUCAAAACCUCCAACAGAUUGGAAGCAUGGUAGAGGUCGUUUGACAAAGCAAGAAAUGAAGGAUCAUUUAUUCCCCUUUACCAAUAUGGAUCAAGCUGAUAAUCUUAACAACUCAUCUGUACUUCUCUGUGGUUCUGAUGCUAUGAUUGAAGAUUGUUGCAAACCGUUGAUUAGGCAAUGUUUAGGAGAUCUUUAUGUUGAAAAUCAUGUGUUUGUCUUUUAA